AUGGUGAGGAAACGCAAUAUAAAGUAUCGCAAACGGCUGGAUGCAAGUAUGGCAAGUGCGGCAGGGAAGGAGGAGCAAAAAGCGGCUAUCAUGGAGGCUGGAACAAAUAAGACAGGAUUGCUGGUUGGCGACGCGGAGUCAGACUCGGAAGAUGAGCAUGAUGUGCCAGACUUUGUUGGUGACGCGUCCUCCCCACCCGCAAAAUCGGAUGAACACAAGAGAUUUGAAAUUGAGUUCGAGAACCUGGGGUUCACCCUCCCCACCGGCGUCGAGAUCAUGAGGGGAGUCACUGGCGACUUGAAACCUGGCCGUCUUUGCGCUGUUAUGGGUCCCAGUGGAGCAGGAAAAACCACUUUUGUUUCUCUGCUUACCAAUAAAGCCAAACGUACUUCGGGGACGAUACGCAUCAAUGGAAUUGAGGAAGAACUCUCAAAGUACCGCAAGUUGAUUGGAUUUGUUCCGCAGGAGGAUGUGAUGUUACGAGAGCUGACUGUCCGUGAUAUCCUGAUGCAUUCCGCUCUCAUGCGACUUCCGGUUGAAUGGUCUAACAAGAGAAAGAAGGAUCUGGUUUUGGAGACGAUAUCGUUUUUAGGACUGGAUCACAUUAUGGAUAACGUUAUUGGAAAUGAAGAAGAACGCGGUAUCAGUGGUGGUCAACGAAAGCGGGUCAAUAUUGGGAUGGAGCUUGUGGCUGCUCCAAGUGUCUUAUUCUUGGAUGAACCCACCAGCGGAUUGGACUCUGCAACAUCAUUCGAAGUCUGCAGUUUGUUGCAUACUAUUGCGCGCGAACAGUUCAUGACCAUCGCUGCAGUGGUACACUCUCCGUCACCUGCCGCAUUCAACCAGUUUGAUGAUCUGCUACUGCUCGGGAAGGGCGGACGGAUCAUCUAUUUUGGUCAUAGAGCCGAAGCCAUCAAGUAUUUUGAGAGAAUAGGCUUCACUAUGCGGGAAGGAGAGAGUGCCGCAGAUUUUUUCAUGGAGGUGGCGACUGGUCGGGUGCCAUGUCGUCUCACAAGUGCCUUUAGACCAACGCAGUUGUUUACUUGUUGGGAAAAUUAUAAAGCUGGCUUGGAUCCAACCCUCCCGUUGAAAGACACUCGGGGAACCCUUAAGCGAAAAACCGUCAAGAGUACGGGUAGCAAAGCGAAGUUUUUUGUAGCUGCUGGUGCUAUGGGACGGUCCAUCGGCGCCUACUUUGCUGAUGUUGGCGGCGAAAUGCGUGAUACAGUGCGAGGAUUGUUCACGAAAGAUCCCGUUAGAAGAACGCCCAAUCCUUUUACCGUCUUUUAUCUCUGUUACCUAAGGGCCUGUACUCAGUUGUACAGGAAUCCGGGAGCCUUUUGGUUUGACCAAGUGGUACAUCUGCUCUGCGGCAUAUUCAUCUCGGUCGGCACACAAGCCAACGACUAUCUCGGUCUAUACCCACAGGCUGUUUGCCGGCAAGCACCGCCUGCUUUGAGCCAGGGCCCCGGAUGUCAGAAAGCAGUCGAUCAACUUCCUGGAAGCGGCAUGUUUAUAUGUCUUGGCCUACUGUUCGGGGGCGUGGCUGUGGGCGCAGGGACCUUUGGUCGGGAACGCGUCGUGUAUUGGCGUGAUGCCAGUAGCGGCAUGGCGACCUUGCCGUACUUUAUGGCGAAAUGGAUAGCGGAUAUUCCCCGAAUUAUCAUUGCAGCGAUCAUGUACACGCUUGCAUUGAUUUUGUUCCUCCCAUUCCGCCAAAGGCUAUUUGAGAUUUUCGAUCUGGUUCUCGUUUUGUACUUUGCUGCUUUCUCCAUGGGUUACUUUUUGUCGUCUGUCAUCAAACCACAAUCUGUUGCUCUCGCAGCAACUGGUUUUGUUCUUCUCUGGUCCAUGUUGUUUGGAGGAGUCAACCCCCAAUUGCAAAAUGUCAUGCAAACAGGCUUCUACGCUCCCAUCCGAUGGCUCUGGUCUGUCUCCGCACCCCGCUGGGCCAUUGAAGCGUGGUACAUCAAGGAGGCGGGCGCACGACCAUGGAUAGAGCUCCACACGAUGCCUCUCCGGCAGGGUGCAUACGACAGCGGUAAUUACGCGACUGCGUUAGUGAGUAUUGUGUAUAUUGGACUGGGCUGGGCCCUUUUGGCUAUCUUGGGGAUGAAGCUUGUGAACCGGGACAAGCAGAAGUAG